AUGGCAGGACCUGGCGGUGGCCCCUCAAGGCGUAGCCACACCAAAAGCCGGAAGGGUUGCAAGACUUGCAAGAAGAGACACAUUCGCUGCGACGAGACGUUCCCACAAUGUCGAAACUGUACAAAGCAUCAGGUUCGCUGCGAUUACAUGGACAGUCCCAAUGCACUGGUCCCAGAAUCGCCCAAAUCCCCUCAGCAACCUAAUCUUCUCUGGACGGCGGAAAUCAAUGCAACCGUCGAGCUCUGGCAGCAAACGGGAGAAUUCCCAUUCCCCGAGCUUAGAGUGUAUCCGGAACCUCACUGGCGCGCAUAUCCUAAGACUGACCUCCGCCUGAUACACCACCUUUCGUCCAUUACCAACGAGAUGUUCAGAAACAGGACCUCGAGCCUCACUGUCUGGACCGACUUGAUGCCAAAAUUCCUGAGCGUCGCUGCGUCUCAUCCCUUCGUGAUGCACUCGAUACUCGCCUUUUCUGCAUCACAUUUGGCAUGGAUCUCUCAGUCCAGCGAAACGCGUAAUCUAGCGUUCCACCAUGCAGGAAUUGCCCUCAAGGGCCUGCACGAUGGCAUAGCUACUUUCACAAGAAUCAACUCAGACGCCGUGCUUGCAUCUUCUCUUUUGCUCGCCUGGCAAGCAACAGACUGGCGUGGAUGGGCGUCACUUGUCCAAGGCACCAAAACAGUCAUCCAGGCAAUGCAACCAUGGCGACACGAGUCACUGUUUGCCGAGUUCAUCGCAGAACAUAGUCCUAUGCCUAGCAGAAAUUUCAUGAUCCCGAUCAGCUCACCAGUAACGCAAGAUGCCCGCCGUGAGCACAUGGAAACUCUCUCAGAUCUCCAAAGCGCCCUCCAGCGACUCCAGCCAUACUUGAAUCGACAAGACCAAGAGAGCAAGUGGGUCGACCAGCUACGGAGUUACAUUGAUCGUCUGAGGACAUCAAGCCCGCCACAGACGGCCGAGGAACAGUUUGGUCAGUUGUAUGCGUUGCGCAAAUGGUUAUUCUGGGUCCCCAUCUCCUUGCUGGCCGCAAAGCGUGGUGAUCCCACCGUGUUGGUUGUUCUUGCUCACUUCUACUCGGCGGCCCUUGCCCUCGAACCCAUGUUUAAAGAUAUCGGUUCCGUAUUUUGCGCCAACUUAUCGCUCCGUCCUUUAGAAGACAUCAUCCACAUCGUACAAGGCUAUCAAGAUCCACGGUACGACCAGCGGACACAGGGGGUGUCGUACCUCAUCCAGUUCCCCAGCAAUAUCGCAUCUUCAUAUAAGACCAGACGGGAUUGGGUUCGUCAGCAGACAAACGAUAGCUCGCCAGUGCAGCAGUCACCAUACGGCCUUGAAACGUUGAAUCUAGAUCUUGAAAACCAGAUCGCAGCGUACAGCUACGGGCAGUCGCAGAGUUUGAGUCCAGCAUUUGCGCCGUCGCCGUUAACCUCGUUGCCGCAUGGCAUUCCAUCUGGACAGACGUCGCCAUACCUUGAGGUUCCGCGCACGGUAGUAGAAGCGUUCGGGUCGACUAGCUACGCAUCGCCGCUGGGGUCUCCUGCAACUGUGCCCCCGCCGUAUUCGGUUCACGACGAUCAUGUAUUCAAUUUUGGUAUGCCAAUGGGAUACCACCCCAGCGGGUUCGUGGCCACUCCUACACCCAUCUGGACGUAA